UAUUCAGCGUUUUCCCUCUUUGACAGCUCAACACUUCUGCAAUGAUGAGCGGAGCUAAAAAAAGAAAAGUGGACAGAGAAUGUCGAGUGUUUAAUAAGGAGUGGACAACUAAAUAUUUUUUUACCGAACACAGAUCUACUGCUGUAUGCCUGAUAUGCAAAGAGACUGUGGCGGUUUUUAAAGAGUUUAACAUCAGCCGUCACUUUACCACAAAACAUGCUAACUAUGCUAGCAAGCAGUCAGAGAAAGAACGGGAAGCUACUGCUCAGAGGUUGAUAGCUAAUUUACAAGCUCAACAACGUAUUUUUCAUCGUCAAAGUGCCAUCCAAGAGUCAAGUACCAAGGCCAGUUUUAUGCUAUCAUUCAAAUUAGCAAAGGCCAGCAAGCCUCUGUCUGACGGGGAGUUUUUAAAGGAAUGUAUGGUGGAGGCAGCAGGUGUCUUGUGUCCAGAGGCCAAAGACAAGUUUGAAAAAAUCAGUCUAUCACGCAAGACAGUGACUCGCCGUGUGGAACUGAUAGACGAAGAGCUAACUAGCAACUUAAAAAAAACGGCGGAGUCAUUCACGUUUUAUUCAUUAGCUCUGGAUGAAAGCAACGAUGUAAAUGACACUGCUCAGCUCCUCAUUUUUAUCCGAGGAAUUAACAAUACUUUUGAAAUAACAGAGGAUUUUUUGACAAUGGAGUCUCUGAAAGGAAAAACACGGGGGGAGGACUUGUAUAGCCGGGUGUCUGCUGUCAUUGAAAAUACGAAGCUGUCUUGGAGUAAACUUAUCAACGUCACCACAGAUGGAUCUCCAAAUUUAACAGGGAAAAAUGUUGGCCUGCUGAGAAGAAUCCAGGAUAAAGUGAAAGAAGAAAAUCCUGACCAGGAUGUUAUUUUCCUUCACUGCAUCAUCCACCAGGAAUCUCUAUGUAAAUCUGUAUUACAGCUGAAUCAUGUUGUGAAUCCUAUCGUAAAACUUGUCAACUUUAUACGUGCAAGGGGACUUCAGCACCGUCAGUUCAUCGCGUUCUUGGAGGAAACUGAUGCAGAGCACCAUGACCUACUUUAUCACUCCCGUGUCCGCUGGUUAAGCUUGGGAAAAGUGCUUCAACGAGUGUGGGACCUCAAAGAGGAGAUCGGUGCAUUUUUGGAGCUACUGGGGAAGGCCGACGAAUUUCCUGAGCUGAGCAACAAGAACUGGCUUUGUGACUUUGCGUUUGCUGUGGAUAUAUUUUCACACAUGAAUGAGCUGAACGUGAACAUACAGGGGAAGGAUCGGUUUGUGCAUGACCUGUACACAAGCGUGAAAGCCUUCAAAGCCAAACUGGCUUUAUUUUCCAAGCAAAUCCUAAAUGAGUCAUUCACUCAUUUCCCCACACUAGCUACACUGAAAGAGGAGGCUGGCGCAAAAGUUAAGAAAUACAGCGAGACACUGGAUGCGCUCCACAAAGAAUUCUGCCGUCGCUUUGUUGAUUUUGAGAAAAUUAACAAGUCACUUCAGUUGGUGGCCUGUCCCCUGUCACAAGACCCCGAAACAGCACCAGAAGAGAUGCAGCUGGAACUGAUAGACCUUCAGGCUGAUGCUGUCUUGAAAGAGAAGUUCAACUCUCUUAAACUGAAUGACUUUUAUGCGUCACUUAAUGAAGCGGUGUUUCCAAACCUCCGGAGGACGGCACAGAAGAUUCUGGCGUUGUUCGGCUCGACCUAUGUGUGUGAACAGACGUUCAGCGUCAUGAACUUCAACAAAGCCAGCCACAGAUCCAAUUUGACUGACCAACACCUCAGAUCCAUCCUGAGAAUCGCCACAACAAAACUGACUCCAGACUUUGAUGCGCUUGUUAAAAAGGGACACCAACAACACUGUUCCCACUGAAAUCAAAAGUAAGUUUCUCUGCUCUUAAACAUGCAUUUACGUGUUACAUGUCAUUUCUGUUAAGGUGUGCUCAUAAGUGGUGUGCAGGUGCACUGCCUUCUCAAUAUAAACAAUGCACACCAGAUAUAUUUAACAUGGCCACAUACUGGCAUGUUGUCACUGUUUCGAUCUGCAUGUCCAACCAUUUUUGAAAUGUUGAGGAGGAGAGUGAUGAUAAUAUCCUGAAGGAUAUCAAAACUUUAAAUGCUUCAAAAUGGUAACUGUUAGUAUUUUUUUUUUUAAACUGUAUUUUGUUAAUGGAAUUUUCAGUGUU